AUGCGUUAUACAAUCUCUUCGCGACAUGGCCAGAAAGCUACUUCACUAGCCUGCCAAGACCACACGGCUCGUGGCGUCGACGAGCCCUGGUGGAAACUACGUCAGUCACAAAUAUUCUUGGAUGAUAGCUUCCGAGGAGGUGGGGCUCGGCGGUUGUUCACCACAGGAAUUCCUGAUGCAGACAAACUCGAGAGACAGCGUCUACGCUGCCUCUUGAGGGUGGAGGAAGUCGAUGCCCGCAAGCAGGUUGUGGCCCGCUUCCAGCCUGCCUUGACCUUGGCCUGGGAGCUGGCGGAGACAGAUUCCUUAUUGGCUCGCGAGUUGGCCAAGUGUCGAGAAGCGUCCGGCCCACGGCAAGCUAUUUGGGAACGUGGAGACGAUUGCCACGGCCGUAUUGCGUCGCCCACUCCACUAGUAUCAUCGUUGAGCCAAGAUGGACAGGAGUACGAAGAGUGGAACGGCUUCUCCGACGCCGAGUGUGGGGAUUAUAGCGACGUUGAACCUAUUCCCAAUCCACAAAUCCCCGGUACUGCAGCUCCAUCGAUCGAGGCCCUUCACGCCGAGCCACCAGGAACCGUCUAUAUGAGAAGGGACAUAUAUAACGCCAGGGCGCUUCUGCGCCGCGAGAAUCUUGGCGGAAUGAGCCCCACAGCCGCGUUAAUCAAGCUUUUCGACGAGAGGGGCAUCCCCUAUAUCGCCAAGUGGUCAGAGACCGAACCUGACCGCCUUGUUGGGUUGGUAUGGACCUUUCCAUACUGUAUCCGUAUGUGGAAACGCUUCCCGGAGGUGAUAAGCUUCGACAACACUUACAACACAAAUCGCUUCAAGCUCCCGCUCUUCCAGGCGACGGGUCAAACUUGCCUCAAGUCGGUCUACAACGCUGCCUUCGGCUUGAUCGAUAACGAAAGGCGUGAAGGCUUCCAAUUCCUCGCUGAAGGGAUUAGGCAGUUGUUUGAGAGGCAUGGAAUUCAACUACCCAACGUUGUGAUCACGGACUUCGACCAACAGAUGAAGGCGGCACUGGAAGAUCAGUUUCCAGACGCUCAACAACAGCUUUGUAUCUUCCAUAUCAACUCGAACGUACUACUUAACGCCAAGCGCAAGUGGAAGCACGCCAAGGAAGACAGCGACGAAGCCACCCGUCGCUCAUUCUGCAUUUUCUGGGGCUUUUCCAUAGUCAAAGUCUUCAGCUCUUGUUAA